AUGUUCAACCUUGGCAAUCUGGUGCAAAAGGCCCAGCAGCUCAUCGAGCCCACGCUCAGCACCAUCGCCGCCCCGCCCUCGUCCGACCGCCGCCCCUCCAAGGCCACGCUCUUCCGCUACCAGUUCCGCCUGCCCGACUCGCAGAACCCGCUGCAGGAAAUCACCGCCGAGCUCACCCUCCAGCCCCACCACUCGACGAGGGGGCCCGCCGCCGCCGAUGCUGCGACCGAGGGUGAGCGCGGCCAGGGCAACCACUACGUGGGCAAGCUGCACCUGAGCGAGCAGUACCUCUGCUUCUCCACCCAGGGCGCCAGCUUCGUCAACUCGGCCAGCUCCACGUCCUCCAGCAGCUUCACGGGCCAGACACACGGCGCCGGGCCCGCCGGCAAUGGCUUCACCCUGCCCCUGUGCGGCAUCCGGCGUGUCGAGCGCCUGCACAGCCAGAGCUACAUGUUCGCCCUCGCCAUCACCACGUGGAACGGCAUCCCGGACGCAAAGACGAAGACGCCGUCCGGCCAGAAGCUCACCAUCCAGCUGGCUGGGUCGCGCCAGGCCUGCGAGCGCUUCUGCGACGGCCUGAAGAAGGGGCUCAGGGAAGGUGUCAAGGGCGUCGACACGCUGCGCAAGGUCGCCGCCACAAGCUACUCGGAGUACCUGCUCACCACCGACGACGAAGACAAGUCUGCGGGCGCCGAGGCCAAGCCAGGCCGAGAGCAUCCAGACACAGGCCUGGGUCUGACUUUCAAGUACCCGGGCAAUGCGCGCAAGCUGCGAGACGCCACCAAGAUCCGGCUCUGGCGCGAGUACCUGCGAGAAAACGGUCGAGGUGCCACCCUCAUCCGCCAGCCCACCUUCCACAAGCUCAUCCGCGUCGGUCUCCCCAAUCGACUGCGAGGCGAAACAUGGGAGCUCACGUCCGGCGCUUUCUUCCUCCGUCUGCAAGAUCCAAACCUCUACACCGACACACUAGCAAAGUUCUCAGGGCGAGAGUCCCUGGCGAUAGACGAGAUCGAGAAGGACCUGAACCGCAGUCUGCCCGAAUACCCAGGCUUCCAGGACGAGGCGGGCAUCGGCCGAUUGCGGAGAGUGUUGACAGCAUACAGCUGGACAAACGAAGAGGUGGGCUACUGUCAGGCCAUGAACAUUGUCGUGGCGGCGCUGUUGAUUUACGUGUCCGAGUCCCAGGCUUUCUUUUUACUCUCCGUCCUGUGUGACCGCCUCCUCCCUGGAUACUACUCACAGACCAUGUACGGUACUUUGCUGGAUCAAAAAGUCUUCGAGUCGCUGGUCGAGAAGACAAUGCCCAUUCUCUGGGACCACCUUGUCAAGUCCGAUGUUCAGCUUUCCGUCGUGUCCCUACCUUGGUUUCUUUCGCUGUAUAUCAAUUCGAUGCCCCUGAUUUUUGCAUUCCGAGUCCUAGACGUCUUUUUCCUGGAGGGACCAAAGGUGCUUUUCCAGAUUGGUCUCGCCAUUCUGCGCAUCAACGGAGAGCAGCUGCUGGACGCUGCCGAUGAUGGCUCGUUCAUUUCCGUCCUGAAGUCUUACUUUUCGAGACUUGACGAGUCUGCCCAUCCCAAGUCUGAGAACGCUAAGCUGCGAGCUGUGACUCGGUUCCAGGAGCUGAUGGUGGUGGCGUUCAAGGAAUUUGCAGGCAUUACCCAAAAUACCAUUUCCGAGCAACGCGCGAAGCACAAAGAUGCAGUGUUGGAGAACAUUGAGAACUUUGCCAAACGCACUUCUAUCCGGAACCUGGGUCCGGAGAGCAAAAAGCUGAGCGUGACCGAUCUAGGCUUUUUGUACGACAAAUUCUACGCAGUCCUAUAUGAGCGACAACAGCGCGCCGAAAUCAUGCAGCAAGAGGCGGAGCGGAAAGCAAAAGCCAGCAGGGCGAAGGCUACUGAGAUUGUCAGUGGUUUCGCGGGCAACAACACCGAGAAGGGACGAGUGGCUCUGGGCGUGAGUCCAACACAGAUGGACUACGAUGCGUUCAGAGAGUUUCUUGCCGGAAUUGCAAAAUGGGCUGUCACCGACUCACCCACCUCACCCAAAGAAGCGAGUGGCGCUGUGUCUCACUCCUACUUUGGCAGCAGCUUGAGAAGUCGCCCGCCCAUGUCACCCUGGGGCUCAGGGCCGGAGCCAGCAGAUCACGAGUUCCUCAAACGGCUGUUCCGACGCUGGGACACGGACAUGACAGACUCGCUCUCCCUGCAGAACGUCGUAGCAGGUUUCGCUGCUGUCAAGGGAACCAAGGACAUCAUGUCAAACAUUAGCUACUUUUUUGAGCUGUACGAUGAUGAUGGCGACGGCAGGGUGGAUCGUGAGGGCAUACUGAGGAUAUCAGAAGCCCUUUUGUUUUUAUCGAGGAGAGGUCUCCACGAGUCGGUCAGCCCUUCAGCGUCGUCGCUUGACGUCGGCUCUGAACCGGCCCUGUCACGCGAUGAGCAGUUCCUGAGCAGCGUCUCCGCCUUCAUCAGGCGCUGCUUUGAGUACGCUGACCCGGAUCACGCUUCCAAUCAGAACAGCAGUGCCAUCGAUGAGGCAGAAGAGGGUGUGGACAACUUUGCCAUUGGCGAUGAGGACGAAGACGAUCUCAUCGACUUUGGCUCUGAACCCGCCACACCCAAAGCUGGUCAAGCAGUGCAGAACCCACUGUCGCCUACCAAACCUGACACCAAAUCGUCAUCGUCAUCGCCAACGCCAUCAACACAUACGGUGGAGUCGGACACAGGGGUGCGGCACGAAAAAGCCAAAGCAGCGAAUCUUGCACUGGAUCCCAACAAGCCGCUCCACAUCACGCUGCCUACCUUCCGCAUGGUCAUUCUUGCGGACGAAGUGCUGGAGCAGUUCUUUGAGGUUGGCUUUUCGUCGUCAUUCCGCCUUGCCGAUGAGCCGUUGCCUUCGUCAGCAUCGACGUCGUCCAAUCUCACUACGUUCUCCAAUGCCGGUCGACAUGCGGCAGCGUUUACAGGAGGCAUGGGGGUAGUUGGCGGUGCAGGCGUCGGUGUGGUUCCGCCGGGCAAGAGUAUCCGGGGCAUGCUGGACAACAUUGUCAACGACGGGAUGCGCGUGGCAGCUGAAGUCAGGCGCAGGUACGACGAAGCGCAGAAGGAGCUGGAUGCGCAGUCUCAACACGCCAAGGACGAGGAGGAGGAUGAAGAGGAGCACAAAGACGCCGAUCUGCUGGAGGGAGCCGAGACGGCGGACGUGGCAUCGAUCAAGGAAGAGAACCUGUCUGCGCUGCUGUCGCCGGGGGCGGAGAAGGAGAUUCGAAGCACAAAAGACCGCAGGGCGAGUGAUGCCAGCAGACGGGUGCUGGAGUUUGAGAGCGACAAAGCUUGA